AUGUUUCUUCCCUCUCAUCCUAGACGGAACAGAAUCGACUUGUCCUAUACCAAUGCUCUCAACUGGCAGAUCAACAAUCGAAAGCUGGACGAACAGUCUACAACGAGAUUCAGGAACUCGACUGCUCUGCGCAAACUUCUACUCGACUACCUUCACAAUGUCGCUCCCCUUUUCAAUGCUACCCAGGGCGAAGAGAAGCUUUUAUCUGCACUAAAGUCUACUUUUCCCGAUGCAUCUCUGAAAUUGCUAAAGAAAAUCGGCUACGAUGUUACGGAUAUCGCCAGUUGGGCUUGGAUAUUUUCCUCUGACAAUGUUGACCUCGCCUUUGCAAGAUACGUCGCACUUGCACAACAUGUACGCGAAUCUGGACAAGGUCGGAUACCGAAGUUCGUGUUUCUACAACUCCUUCGCGCAGAAAACGUCAGCGCUUUCGCCCUUAAGAGAUUCAUAAGAAGUAUCUUGGUCGAUUUACAGAUCUCCUUGGAGGCCAAAGAGUAUUUCGGCUGGCCUUGGGUCACAAGGGUGUGCCUGGUCGUUCGACUACUGCGACAUGCUCGUUCGGUGGCACCUGAGUGCUUCGAGGACAUUGGCCUCAUUGUUAAGCAUCUCUUCUCUGAUUACUACACCGUCCAUCCUCGUCGACUCGAAAGUCCGGAGUUACUGCGCCUUUCCCACAUUUUCAAUCGCUUCCUGUCAUUGAUCUCUCUGGCUCCACACAAGACACCUUUCAAUGCAUAUCUUUCCCAGCAAAAUGCACAGCUAGCACUCGUCCGUCUCAUGUUUGAUUUUACGCCACAACUGUUGUUGACUCGCGAAGGCUACCGGGCUUUGAUUGCAGUCCAAUUACUUCAUCCCAAGACUGCACACGAACGUGCAUGGGCGGAGGCUAAGUCUUUGUCUUGGCCCCCUUGGCGUCACAUCAAGUCGGGAAUCGAACAGGAUCUCAAGUAUCCUGGGAAGGAGAGUCGUGUUAUCAAGCUAUUGCGACGAAUGAAAGCGGCGGGAUAUUCUCAUGGUGAUUGGGAAAGGAGUGCUGCUGUUCUAGCAGGGUGGGAUACAGAUCAAAGCCCUACGAUACAAUCUCGUGCGAUCUUGAUGCGCCAACGACGCCCGUGGCUUCUUUUACGAAGCUUUCGUGACAAGGAACAAAACCAAACCAACGAGCCGCCAGAAUUGUGGGCUGCUCGCAUCCGAGCUACUAGAACCAAGCGAGAAGCGUGGGCUUCCUUUUGUUCCUACGAGAAAUGCAAACCUGCUUCCCAAGCACAUUAUCAGCCUUAUUUCGCAAUGUUGGAUAAGCUCCUCAGCUCAACUGUCCAGCCAGGCUCUACGCUGGCUUGGAAGUAUCUCGCAGGCGAUGUCAAAGAGCCGUUUGAAGUCUCGACAAAUCCCCGGGAGGUCAUCUAUGUCGAAACAGAAGUUCCUUCAGUGGAAGAAUUUUACGAGCACAUGUUGCGGGCAGGUGUCAAACCGGGUGGUCAUCUUCUUGUCAAUUUAUUGAAUCACGCUUCGAGGAUCGAGACUGGGUUUGGUUACAUUCAAGCCAGUCGGUGGGACGAAAUCACGAAGGACGUCCUCUGUCACGCUGAGAAGUACCCGAGCUCUGUUAUUCGGGACAGUCUGAACAAAAUCCCCAAGCCCACUUUGGCUGCCUUCAUUUCCCUCAUAUGCAAGCGCGGACCCGAAGAUCAAUUUACAUUUCGUGACAUCGGACGCAUGGACUUUUCCACGGGCCAAUUGAUCCAGAGAAAUCAUCAAGAUGUGCCUGCUUUGACAUACGCAUCACAGUUGCUGUUCGCAGCAGGCAUCACGGACAUUCGAGUCUGGAACGCCUUCAUGGGAGGGGCAUCAGUGAGCGUCGAGAAAUCACCAGCCAACUACAAAGGUGCAGCGUCUAGAGCUGCAGUGUGGCGUCGCUUGAGGAAGAUUCUUUCGCCCGGGGAGAUGUACCCUGACAUCCAUCCCGACUUAGACACCUUCCGCCAUUUGACAAAAAUUCUUCACAUGAUGUUGAGAGAUGUGAACCUGCACAUACCACCAGAAAAUUUGGGAUCUCUCGCAAAGAUCACGUUCGUUCGGGCUAUUUAUGGCAGCAUGACGAAGGCGUUCCUCCCGGGGUCUGAUCACUCGCUCCUCGUCGUGCCCAACCAGGAAGACCUCAAACUCAUGGUUAGUGUAAUGGUAUCUGUCCAUGACACCCCUGGAUUGAUUGCGCUUCUGAAGUGGAUCAACGAGCAUAAGGUAAAGUUUGCACCACCAAGCAAACAUUCGGAAUCCGAUUCUCAGAACACAAUGCACGAGACAGCGCAGCAGGAACCAGCGACUCUAUCUCCGGUCCGCGACGUGCUGUGCGCAAUCAGGCUCUUCCUCGAGGGCGGCCGGUCGCGGUCUACAAAUUCUUCUGAUGGAGAAGAUAGUGCGUGCUUCGAGAGUCCCUUGCCUAAAGACCCCCGCAUUAUCCGGGAAGCACGGGAACACUGUCAAGAGCUGCAGUGGCCGUUGGAUGACGAGGUCGGACUCUUCCUCGCUCGCGAAGUAAAGUGGGUUGAAAAGGUGAGGCGGACUGCGGAACUGGUAGCCAGACGAAAACCUACGACAAACAGGAAAAUGCGAAGCACGCAAAGGAUCGAGUUGACUGUGGAUAGUGCGUCGAGAUCCUGA